AUGGCGGCCAGGCAGAUUUCGGCGUUGGCGGGCGCCGCGCUCGCGAAGCAACCUCCUGCCGCCCUGCCACCAAAACCACUCUGUGUCGGAGCAGGGUGCCGCCAACACUUCAGCUUAACGCUGCGCUCCGCUUCCGAAGGAGACCGCGGCGGCUCCGGGCGCCACUCGCAGUGCAGGCCGGAAGGGGCGGCGAGGCGCCCGGCGAGAGAAGAGUUAACGGCGGCGGAGCGGCAGAUCGCGGAGCUGCACGCGGCCGCCUGCGCGGCUGGCCAGUUAAACUAUGUGGAUCCAGCUACUGGCUUUGUGGUGUUCACGCAGCUCGCCCACUUGCAGAGAGGUGAAUGCUGUGGCUCAGCCUGCAGACACUGCCCAUAUGGUCAAGUCAAUGUUAAAGAUCCAUCUAAAAAGAAGCAAUUCAAUUCAUAUUUUUAUGUUUGACAACAAAUUUCAUCUCUCCUCUCCAUAUAAUUCAACCUGUAUUUUUAAAACUUAAAACCCUCAUCCAGAACUGCUGUCCAAGUUGUUAAUACUUAAGCAUCCGUUUAAUCUUAAAUGCGUAUGUUAAAAGAACAUCAAU